GAGGUCGCCGAGAGCUGGGAGGAGGCGGCCGACAGCGGGGAAAUAGACAGACGGUUGGAAAAGAAGCUGAAGAUCACGCAGAAGGAAAGAGCCGGGUCUUCCAGACUGGAUGUAGCUACAGCUAUGGGGAAGCCAUUUAAGAAAAAGACACUGAAAGGAAGAAAUGGUAGAAAGUCAAAAUCUCCUCCUAAAGUGCCGAUCGUGAUUCAGGACGACAGCCUUCCUGCAGGUCCUCCCCCGCAGAUCCGCAUCUUGAAGAGGCCGACGACCAACGGCGUCCUUAGCAAUCCCAACUCCGCCACCAGACCGGCCUUCCCCGUGAAAUCCCUGGCGCAGAGGGAGGCGGAAUACGCGGAAGCCAGGAAACGAAUAUUGGGCAGCGCGAGCCCCGAAGAAGAGCAGGAGAAACCCAUCCUAGAUAGGCCGCCGAGGAUCUCCCAGCCGGAAGAUACCAGGCAGCCCAAUAAUGUGAUUAGGCAACCCCUGGGUCCCGAUGGCUCACAAGGCUUCAAACAACGCAGAUAAACGCGGGCGAGAGAUGCCGCUGCGGAAGGCAGGGUCCGCCGCCACGGGUCGCACUGCCGUGACGGACAAACGGACUUGAGCAAAGGGAACUACCUGAUUUAUUUGCACUGUGAUCCCCUUUGCUCUGCCCACUGUGACCUUCAACCCCACGCACUGUGACCUCCCCUCUCCACCCACUGUGACCGGCAAACCGAGAAGGGCUGUCCCCGAGUCCGCUGUAAAAGGAAAGGGGACAACGAGGUGG